AUGGCCCCUCCGGACCCCCCCGCUGUCUACACAGUGCGGGCAUCUGCAGGCGGGGCCGUCUCCACCAAGCGCGCCGCGUCGUCAGCGGUGGCCUCGGCCGCCGGCACCGUCACCCUCACCCCACCGGCCCUCGCUGGCGCACACACCUUCCUCCUCGCCCCUCUCUCACUCCGCGUCCCGCCGCUGCUUGACUCGGCUGCAGAGCUUGAUGCUGUCCUCGACGCCCAUCCGGAUGCCCAGCUCGUGGUGGUCCAUGUUGACGCCUCGGCGCCCGACCCGGUCGAGUCAGAGCUUGUCGUCCAUCCGGCCUGCAGCUCGCUCGUGGGCCCCGAUACCAUUGUCCGUGCUCACCUCGACGACGUGCUGCUCGUCGAGCUUGUUCUUCGUGACGCCUUUCGUGCUCCUGCGCCGGUGGCCUCGGCCUCGGCGGCUGGCAUAGUGACACUGGCUCCGACACACGGUGAGGGCAUGCUACUCCUACGUCUCGUGGCUGAUGUCUCGGGCGACUUUGAGAUCUUUGCCACCAUCGGAGGCGUCCCGCUCGCCACGCCACCCGUCGUUGUCUCCAUCGUUCCUGGCCCGCUCUCGCCGCCGCACUGUGCGUUCUGGAUGCUCGAGGCUGCUGAUGAAGUCACUGCUGGGAGCCAGGUCCUUGUCGCUGCCCGCGCCACAGACGCUGCCGGCAAUGUCUUCUCGCCACUCGCCCAGCACCCGCGAGUCGCCGCCGAGGUCCUUGGCCGCCUUGAAGUCUCUGCCACUACCACCGCGCGCAACGGCCGGAGCCAGUCGCUCGUUGCAGUCCCGCUCUCGCCAUCGUCCGACUUUGCCAAGCAGCAUCCGCAGACCUUUGUCUUUGCUCUGACUCCGACGCUGGCCGGCACCCUCACGCUCUCGGCGCGCAUCGACAAGGCCCAGGCUGCUGUGGAGCCGCCGACGACCGUCUCCAUCGUGGCUGACAAGGCUGUUCCCUGCUCCGGCAGCGUCGUCGGCGACGGCCUCGCCGCCGCCGUCGUCAACCGGGUGGCUUCGGUCGAGCUCGCCCUCCACGACCGCUUCGGAAACGUCGCGCCUUUGCCGAGCGACACCCCGCUCCCGCUCGCCAUCACCUUUUCUCCGCUCCGGUCUGCCACCCUUCCGCCGCUCCCACCUCUAGCCGUUCGUACCGUCGCCUCGGUCGAUACUCUCACCGCCUCUCGCCGGACAGACCGCAGCUCAGUCGAGGUUUGCGUCGAGCGCUCGCCAAACGCCUCUACCGUUCUCCUCGCCUACCGCUGCCUUGCUGCUGGCGAGUUUGAGGUCGAGCUUGUGCUCGGAGGCAUCCCAAUGUUUGCCACGCCGCUUGUUGUCGAACUGGCUGUCGCGCCCGAGUCGCUCCGGUUCCGCUCGGCCUCGCUUGCAGCCCGCGCUUCGCCGGCCCCGCUCUCGCCGAAGCGCGGAGCGUCAGUCCCGCUGCUGGCGGCCGACCCCUCGCCGUACGCACUCGACUUUGAGCCUGCGCUCUCGUUUGCCGCCCUCGACAAUCUCGGCCCCCAACUCGCGGGCGCUGUUGUCGCCGUCGAGCUCCCGUUUGUUGAUGCCUUUGGCAACAAGCUCGACGCCGAGCUUCCGGCCUCAUGGGCUGUGGCCCAAGUCGCAAUACUCGAUGACACCAUGAACCGGCUCGACAGGGUCUCGUUUGGUCUCGCCGACCGCUGCCUCCUUGUCAAGUUUGCACGCGCUGCUGCCGGCAGCAUCAAGGCUCACCUCGAAGUCGUGCUCUCCUCGGGCAUUGUACUCCGCCACACCUUUGCGCUCCGAGUGGUGGCUGGCGCCUUGGAUCCGAGCCACUGCGUCGUCGCUACCGCUAGUUCGGCUCCGCAAACGGUGGUCCUCUCGCUGGGCGACGCCUUUGGCAACGCGCUGGCGGUAGAGGCCGACGGCGAGCUGCGCGCAUCGCUGAUGAAGCGCCUCCACGCCACCCUCCCUGCGCCGCUCCGACUCUCACCUUGGGCCCCCACCUCGGUGCCAGGUGUCCUCGCCGCCUCAUACCGCCUUGCCGAGUCGCCAGCCACGCUUCCAGACGCGCCUGAGCUUGGCCUUCAUAUCGACGGCGUACCCGCAGUUGGCUCGCCGCUGGCCAUCGCGCUCGCCGCCGCAAGCCUCGACCCUGCUGCGUCGCUGUUCCAGCUCGCACCGCAGCCACCCGAGCUCGUGGCUGGUCAAACAGUGAGCUUUGAGCUUAGCGGACUUGACACCGCCGGCAACGUCGCCGACGUGGCGGCGCCAGCCUACGGCGUCGCCAUCAAGGUCGAGUGCCCGGACGGUUCAAGCUUGCAGCCUCAGCUUCAGGCCGGCGCUGUGUACGGCCGCGCCGAGGGCCACUUCACCACAGCUGUAGCCGGCCGCUACGCUGUCCACGCCAGUGUUGAAGGUGUGCCGCUUCCAGACUCGCCGCUCGUGCUCGACGUGGUGCCGGCGCCCGUCCAUCGCAUGAUCUGGGCGCUGCCGGCCGACGUAGCCAGCGGUGGCCUGCCCGCCGGCGACGAGCUUGUUGUGGUCGCCACCUUUCGCGACACCUUUGACAACGAGCUGCCAGACGCAAGCAGCGUCAGCGUCGCGGGCACGCUCAUCGCGAUGGAGGAUGGCUCCGAGGUUGGCGGGUAA